AUGCAGACGCUCCUGGACCAGCUGUCCAGUGGCAAAGUCGUUGCCGUUGUGGGUGACCUCAUCAUGGUCAUGUUCCUGUUCUUUGCUGGGUUCAACCUGCCUGCUGCUGCCAUCCCGGACCGUUAUCGAUGGCUCUAUGACGCCACUUCACAGCGCUGUUCCCUUUCGAUCCUCGUCUCGCUCGUGUCCGGAAACUUUCUUGAAGAUCCGGUGCAUGAUGAGAUUAUGAGGGGAACACUAACUUGCGAUCGGAACGUGCGUUUUAUCCCCUACGGAUUUCACCGCCGUCAGUGUAUUACACGACAGUCAAGCACUACCUGGACGACACCUCCAACAUCAUCACAGCGAUGUGUGAAUAGACUUUUGCUACGUCUUAGUCUUCUCGAGGUGUCUCCAGUUUUGCGGGUGACUAUUUGGAUGGAGUCGCCAGCAGACACUUGUAUCUGCUGGUCGGUAGUUCCAGUGUAA